CGCCGCUGCCCCCCGCCGAAGGCACUGUCCCCCCGGGGAUGGCCCGGCCCGGCGGGGGGCCUUCCCCGCGGGACCGGGAGCACCGGGGAAGAGGGAGCUGGGUCAGCGCUCGCGGUUUUGUGUUUAAACGGGCUCCCGCUUCGAGGCAGCUUUCCUUGGGAGGUUUUCCAGGUUAGGUCAUCGCAAGGGCCCAUCAUUUCGGUGCAAUGUAGCAACAGCUUGGGGGGGAAAUACCCUAUGAAGAGAACACCUAGGCCGUCAUAAGCAAGGAAACGUUAAUUAAAGAGCCUUCUGUCACAAACGCUUUCCCCCACACGUCAAGGCCUCGGUGGAAUCCUGGUGAAGCAACACAUCAUUCGAGAUCCAGUCAGGCUUUGGAAUCUCUUAGGUAGCACUUACUAUUUUACUACUUCAAGUUCUCAGGGGAGUAACCAGAAGAAUGGAGGAUUCAAAAAGAAAUCUCCGCAGGAGGAGGAGGAGGAUGAAAAACGCAGGAAAAGGGAAAAUCAGAUGCAUCUUGAACGCUUACGGGCACUCCUCAUCAUAACUUUCAUAGUGCUGAUGUUUCGAUUCACGGUCAGCGAGAACAGAGAGGGGACCAGCAUUUCCUGGAACUACUUUGUGAAUGAGAUGCUGGCGAAGGGGGAGGUCCAGAGAAUCGAAGUGGUGCCAGAGAGCGAUAUUGUGGAGGUUUAUCUGCACCCAGGAGGAACUCCACAUGGACAAGUUAACGUUACCCUGCUGUACACAAUGCGGGUGGCAAACAUUGACAAAUUUGAAGAGAAGCUGAGAGCUGCGGAGGAUGAGCUGAAUAUUGAUGAGAGAGAGAGAAUCCCUGUUUCCUACAAACAUCCUGGCUUUUAUGGAAAUGAUGUCAUUUCCCUGAUAGUGACACUUGUGGCUGUGUCCAUGUUGUGGAGCAUCUUCCGCCUUAUUAGGGUUGCAAGCCGGGUAGGAGGAUUCAACGCUUUUAACCAGUUGAAAAUGGCUCGUUUCACCAUUGUGGAUGGGAAAUCUGGAAAAGGGAUUGGCUUCAAGGAUGUAGCAGGAAUGCAUGAGGCGAAAAUGGAAGUCAAAGAAUUUGUGGACUAUUUAAAGAAUCCCGAUCGCUACCUUCAGCUCGGGGCUAAAGUGCCCAAGGGUGCCCUGUUACUUGGACCACCAGGCUGUGGAAAGACAUUGCUGGCGAAGGCCGUGGCCACAGAAGCGCAAGUGCCGUUUUUGGCCAUGGCAGGCUCUGAGUUUGUGGAGGUGAUAGGAGGUCUUGGAGCUGCCCGAGUUCGGAGCCUCUUCAGAGAAGCCCAGGCUCGCGCACCCUGCAUCGUGUACAUCGACGAAAUUGAUGCUGUGGGCAAGAAGCGCUCAACCAAUAUAUCUGGUUUUGCCAAUGCUGAGGAGGAGCAGACCUUAAACCAGCUGCUGGUGGAAAUGGAUGGGAUGGGGACCACAGACCAUGUCAUAGUGCUGGCUUCCACCAACCGUGCUGAUGUCUUGGAUAAUGCUUUGAUGAGACCUGGGAGGCUUGACAGGCACAUCUUUAUUGAUCUUCCAACACUCCAGGAGAGAAGAGAGAUCUUCGAGCAGCACCUGAAGGGGCUCAAGCUGAUCCAGGAUGCCAGCUUCUACUCGCAGCGCCUCGCUGAACUGACGCCGGGCUUCAGCGGAGCUGACAUAGCAAAUAUAUGUAAUGAAGCUGCUCUUCAUGCCGCUAGAGAAGGUCACAAAUCCAUCGAUACUUUCAACUUCGAAUAUGCUGUGGAAAGAGUCAUUGCAGGCACUGCCAAAAGAAGUAAGAUCUUGUCACCAGAAGAGAGGAAGGUUGUGGCGUUUCAUGAAUCGGGUCACGCGUUGGUUGGCUGGCUGCUGGAGCACACCGAGGCUGUGAUGAAGGUUUCCAUAGCCCCUCGAACAAACGCAGCCCUCGGAUUCGCUCAGAUCCUUCCAAGGGAGCAGUACCUCUUCACCAAGGAGCAGCUGCUGGAGAGGAUGUGUAUGGCGCUGGGGGGGAGAGUGUCCGAGGCCAUCACCUUUAACAAAGUCACUACAGGAGCCCAGGAUGACCUGAAGAAGGUGACCAAGAUAGCCUACUCCAUGGUGAAGCAGUACGGGAUGGUGCCCAGCAUUGGGCAGCUCUCCUUCCCAGACCUGGAGAGUGCAGCUGGAAUCGGUCGGCGCCCGUUCAGCCAGGGACUUCAACAAAUGAUGGACCAUGAAGCAAAAGUCCUGGUGGCUCAGGCUUACAGGCGCACAGAAAAACUCUUACUGGAGAACCGGGACAAGCUGCAAACACUGUCUCAUGCCCUCCUGGAGAAAGAAGUGAUAAAUUACGAUGACAUUGAAGCUCUGAUUGGGCCUCCACCCUAUGGGCCAAAGAAAAAGAUAGCUCCUCAGAGCUGGCUUCAGGCAGAGAGGGACAAGCAAGACACAAGAGAUGAAGAAAUGCCCCAGCAGCCUCCAAACCAUGAGGAAGAGGAAGAACCACACCUGAGACCAGUGUGAAGCCCACUCCUGAUGUGUGACGGGAGGACUCUAGAGGCUUCUUUUGGAGACAGACCCUUUCCCUUUUCAGCUCCAGAAUCAAAGAUAACUGAGCAGGGGAGCUCUGUUCUGCUGUUACCAUAAAAUGAAGGGAUGGCUCUUUUAAUGAGCUUUUUCCUGCAGGAAGGAGAACUCCUUAGGAUUUUGAAAUUGAUUCUCAGCAGGGUGGUAGUGAUUAAGAGCUGGGUAGGUCUAAUCUGCUGGAAAGAUUUUUUUUUUUUUUUUUUUUUGUACAGAGGAGCUGUGUAAGUGUUCUUAAGGGUGAAAGAUCCUGUGGUGUCCUUGCAGGCCAGCUCUCGCUGUGCUGUGUGACACGGCAGGAGUGCAGGGCUGUCCCCGCCGGUGCCAGGAUGGUCAGGGCAGCAAAACUCCUGCAAGGCUGAGGCGCCGUAGUUCUUGUGCAACUCCACUGUAACUUCGGUAUCUCUGCUGCUGAACAUAAUAUAGAAAUUGAAAAGCAGACUUCAGUAGAAUAAACUGUCCAUAAUGUG